AUGGCCCGCUCCGAGGGGAAACACGACAUUGAGGGAUCGGCCACGCUGUUUUACAUGGUGCACUGCGGGAAAGCCUUGUACAACAACCUCCUGUGGAGGAACUGGUCCGCAGGGGCACUGUCCAAAAUGGUCAUCAUCGGGAACAGCUUUAAAGGAAUCGAGGAGAGGUUGUUGUCACGAAUAUUGGAGAGAGAUUAUUCUUACAUAGCAAAGGUCUUGAAAGGGACAGAGGAAGUGGCACUCCCCGCUCACCCUCGGUACCUGGACACCUUUAACGACACCUCCGUCCACUGGUUUCCCGUACAAAAACUGAAGGAACUCUCCCCCGAGGUCUGGGACUUCACGGAGGAGCCGACGUACCAAGACUGUGACAACUUGGAGAUCAUCAGAAAGGAGGACAGAGCUGACCGGCGGAGUCCUGACCGCUCUCUGCAGCAGGGGUGGGGCCUUGGGGCCGUCUCUUGUCCCACAGUAGCUCCUACGCAGCUGAGAUGAAGCUCAAGCACCGGCAGCAUCAUCGUGCUCCGCCAAAAGCGGCAGCACCCAAACACUGAGCGUGAUGGGACAUUUUUGUAUCCUAAUUACUUAAUAAAAGGUAAAGCUGU